CUCUCCCCCCUCCGCCCCCCAACCUUGGCUGCUACGGCUUUGGCUGUGACAUUCAGUCUCUUCCAUGCUGGAGAAGUAGUAGCGAGCAAUGUGCUAGACAGAGGGGGACGCUGCUGCCUUGGCUGGACCUGCUGCUGCUGCUGCAACCAUGUGUCUCUCUCUCUGGCUGUGACACAGUAACAAGGAAAUUGGUGGGAUCUGUCGUUAUCUCCACAAGGGAAAGGUGACCCGCACAAAGCAUAAUAAACCAGCCCCGUCAUCCAGUGCUGAGAGCUGCAGCCUCCCUUAGCCCUGUUGUGUUGUAUGUCCCCGGCAGGCUGGCAGCGAUGGAGGAGGACAUGGGCAGCAUGCAGCAGAAGGCGGCUGAACUGGAGCACAUGGCUGAGGUCCUGCUCACUGGGGAGCAGCUACGGCUCAGACUGCAUGAAGAAAAGGUAAUUAAAGAUCGAAGGCAUCAUCUCAAGACAUAUCCAAACUGUUUUGUUGCCAAAGAAUUGAUUGACUGGCUGAUUGAUCGCAAAGAGGCCUCAGACAGAGAGACAGCGAUUAAACUGGUGCAGAAAUUAUUGGAUCGCAGCAUUAUCCAUCAUGUUUGUGAUGAGCAUAAGGAAUUCAAGGAUGUCAAACUUUUCUACCGGUUUAGGAAAGAUGAUGGAACAUUGCCACUGGAUAACGAGGUGAAGGUGUUCAUGAGAGGACAGAGGCUAUAUGAGAACAGGCUGAUGAAUUCUGAGAACACACUUUUACAAGCCAGGGAAGAGGAGGGAGUCAAGUAUGAACGGACCGUCAUGGCUUCUGAGUUGAUUGAGUGGCUGAUCCAGGAAGGAGAAGUCACAACAAGGACUGAGGCAGAACAACUUGGCCGUAGACUGUUGGAGCAUGGAAUUAUACAGCACGUGUCCAACAAGCACCAUUUUAUGGAUAGCAACCUGCUGUACCAGUUCAGAAUGAAUUUCCGCCGGCGACGGAGGCUGAUGGAGUUGCUCCCUGAGAAAUCCCGUUUGAUGCCAGAAAGUCACGACAGUCCCUUUUGCCUGCGCAAGCAGAACCAUGACAACAGAAAGCACACCAGUUUUCAGUCAGUGAGUCCCACCAAAGAGAUAAAGAUCGUAUCAGCAGUCAGAAGGAGUAGCAUGAGCAGUUGCGGCAGUAGUGGUUACUUCAGCAGCAGCCCUACCCUCAGCAGCAGCCCCCCAGUAUUAUGCAACCCAAAAUCUGUAUUAAAGAGACCAGUGACUUCUGAUGAACUCUUGAUGCCUGGAGCCCCAUAUGCAAGAAAAACAUUCACAGUUGUCGGUGAUGCUGUCGGGUGGGGCUUUGUUGUGCGGGGGAGCAAGCCAUGCCAUAUUCAGGCUGUGGAUCCCAGUGGCCCUGCAGCUGCAGCAGGGAUGAAGGUCUGUCAGUUUGUGGUUUCUGUGAAUGGACUCAAUGUUCUCCAUGUGGACUACAGGACCGUGAGCAAUCUCAUUCUGACUGGCCCUCGAACUAUUGUCAUGGAAGUGAUGGAGGAAUUAGACUCCUGAGAAGGAAAUUUCCUCACUGGAAGCUGUGAAUAGAAAUAGAAGAACCAAUGCAAAGCCAGACAACACAAGGGGGCAAAACCUUGCCUUGUCUAACUAGAUUAUUCUGCCUUUCAGGUGCUUUCCCCUUCAGUUUAACAAUAGUAGCUGUGAUUCAUAUGCUAAGAAGUGAACAGUAUAUAUCAGCAUGUUAUCAUUUAGGACCCGAUCCUGCAAACUGUUCUGCUGAAGACAAGGACCAGGUCUUUAGUUGUCAAUCCAGCUGUAUCUGUUGGGAUGGUAUCCUACUUAAAAGGCUACACGUAACUUCCCUUGCCGUUCAACCAUGUGAUCACAAUACUUGAAAAGAGGAAUGUUUGGUAAGGACUUUCUAUAUGGUUGGCAUGGCAUAUGAAUGUUAGCGUACUCCCCCCGAUGUAAUCUAGACGUGUCCGAAGUGCGUCCCCAGGAGAGUAGCUGCCUGCUACUGCUCCCUCUCUAUAAUCAUAGAGCAAAGAGAAAGGUGAUCAACUUCAGACGUUUAUAGUCAGUGAAUUCAAACAAGUAGCAGACAACAUUAGAAUUCAUAGAUAUGAAAAAACGUGUGCGCCUUUCUGUGGAAUGCACUGAAUUACCAGAGAUGGGUAGUCCUAUAAAAACCUGCAGCAAUUGUUCUAUGAAGGAAAAUACAAGAGCACACAAAUGUUAUGGAUGUGUGCAUUAAUUUUUCAUUUUGAACAUAUGGCCUUUGAAAACCAGACCUCUUAUCUAGGUGUCCAAGUACAGAUUUAGGAGCCCAAGUUUGAAAAUUUUGGUCUAUAUACCUUCUGUCUAAACUACAUGUGGCUCUUAGUCUCCUGGUAACUUGUCGAUGUGGUUCUUUUCACAAAGUCUGGAUAUCCCUGAUAUCAGAAGAAUGAUAAUAUUUUAGAGAGCUGAAGUCAGAGAAUCACAAUGUUAGCAUUAGCAUUGAAAUAUUUAGUAGCUCUGAUAUGGUACAGUACACUUCAAAUUGAAGCAAUGCACUUGAAUGUGUCUUUGAUUAUCAGCAUUUUCAAAUCAUUAAAUGCUUGAAAACUACAGAUGUGUCACAUAAUUUACAUCUGAUGCAAUUAUUAAUAACACAUUAUAUUUAACUGACUCUUCCUCACUUUAAAACCAAGCAGGAAUUUUUGUUGAUGAACUUGUGAAAAAAUAUUUUUAAAAUGUAUAUUUGAAUGAUAUACUUUACUGAAUCUAAAUUGCUUCUCAACUCUGUGAUAUCUGGGGUGCCAUAGGUCUCAAACUGAGAUUAAUUGUAUGUAUACAGUCUUGUUCACAAAACAUAACUAUGUAUAUCUAUAGAUUGUAGGCAUUCUGGUACUGUUCAGUUUAUAUGCAGUAAUACUUUUUAAAUUAAAAAAAAUGAAUGCUUGACCUUCAGUGCGAGAAUACCUAAAAGCAUUAACUACCUAUUUUUGGUAUUUUUCCCUACUAAGAGUAUUGACUAUGUUUAUAUUAAGGAAUUGGCCUCAUCACACAUUCUUCUUGCAAUAUGAUUUUCACUCACUCAGAUAUUUGCACAGGCUUGAUCAAAGGAAUAAUAAGACUUUGAGAUUAUAUGACUUUGCAACAUCAUAAGUGAAAUUGUAUGUUUGCUUAUUUUUUAAGCAUAGCAAAAAGACUGUAUUUUAUGACUGACUCACAAUCAAAAUUCCUCAUAAUUCCUUCAUGUUUACCAGUGCAAGAAGAUCUUAAAUGCAGCUGAGAAUACUAUCCCUAUACUAACCCUGUAUAAAAGCCUUGUGUUUGAGGGAUUCUUUUAACAUGUCACUUUGUAUCACAUUUGCUUAUACCUUCUAUUAACAUAGCUGAAGAAUGCUUGUACACAUCUAGCACCUUCAUCAGACCUCACUAAUGUAUUGCUAGUUCCAUAAUACUAAGUGCAACUAAAAUAAAUAGAUUGCCGCAAAAGGGUUCAAAUACACUAAAAUUUCCAUACUGCAUAAUAUUAUGUGAUAUGGCAUUAGUGUAGAGCAUUUAGGGCUUUGGUCAGCUUCAAAUGAACUUGAUUAAAAGGAGUAGGAUGAAGUCCCAGGCAAGUUACUAAUAUGAUAUAAUGGCUGCAAUUCAGCGUAUAUAGGAAGGGUAAUGCUUCCCCAAAUACUUCUAAUUUGUUAUAUUCUUUAUCUCUCUUUAAAUCUAACUUCUAAAUAUUAGGAUGGGUUAACUAUUAAAAUAUGAAGGGUUCUUUUACAGACAAUGACUAGCAUUUUGUUAAUAUCAGCAUGGCACUUGUAUUUUAUGUCCUUUGAUGUAGUUAAUAUGCUGCUACCACUUCCCUGUAUCCUCCAGGCAAUUAUGAAACUGGGUCAGAAUUUAGCUUGAUAAUGAAAUACAGAGAGCUCUUGAGACCUUAGUAAGAAGUGAAUGCAGUGAAGAGGAAAGGGAGCUUUGUGCAUAUCAUUAUAGAAUACAGCAUUUUGAUUCAUGAGAUACAUUCGUUUCUGUUGCAAUUUGAAUGUCAUUACUUGCCUGCCAUUUAAUGGCAAUUUCCAUAUUGUUUUCUAAGCUUGAUUUGUGAUCCAGCUUUGAAUAACUUCUUUCCCUCUUCUUUGUUUCUGAGAUGUUUAAAAUUAUCUACAUAUUUGAGCUGUGCAAUUUCUUAAAGCUAUUUGUGAGAUUUUUAAAAUUAUAACUAUAUGUAUCAUCUCAGAUUAGAAUGUUAUCUAGCUACACACUGUGAUGUGUUUCAAAUCGCACUCCCCGUCAGUUCCUGGCCUAUGCUGGGGAAGCUAAUGAUCCAACCAGCAGAACAAAUUCAGUGAUGAAUCCUGGUCACGUGCCACCUGAGGCACAUUGCGCAAUUGCACAUACACUAAGAAAAAGACUCACACU